AUGGUAGAGGCCAAUCCCGAGGCGUUUCUGCGAGCCUUUGACCACGUGGCGAAACGAGUUGAGGCCGCGCGCAAGAGACGCACGGUUACGGUUACCAGCAAGUACAACUCGCGGACGGACAUCCUCCGAUCGGCACUCUCGUUAGACAUCCCGUCGCUCUCCCCCUUCCCGUUCCCGCUCCCGUCCCUCCCUCACCUUCCAUUCUUCUCGUCCCCUUCUCCCAACUCCUCCUCCUCGUCCCCCUCCUCCUCCUCUCCCCCCUCUUCGACUUCCUCCUCCCCUCCUUCCUCCCGGCCCUCCUUCCCUCUCCGCAUUAGAGCAGUGGCGGAGGGUCGACCCUCCGCGCCCUUCACCCGCUUCUCCAUCGCCCCGGAAAUCGGCCCCUUACGCUUGAGAUGGGACCGGCCGCGCCUGGUCCCCUCCUUUGGAGCCACCCUGCAUUCGGGCGACAACUCCCUCGUGCAAAUCUUCCAUGACCUUCAGGUGCGUGCGUUGGCUGCUUACCAGGUGUUGUUAAGCAGAGGGGCGACCCUCUGCGCCCGUCACCCGCUCCAUCGCUUCUGCAUUCCGGGGACAACUCCCUCGUGCAAAUCUUCCCACGACCUUCAGGAGCGCCCCAGCCAUCGUACGGCGCCCAUGGUGGGAUGGUGGGCUCGCUCCAUGGCCUACCGAUGGCCCACCAGGUUGAAAGUGCCUCAAUAUUCAUCUGCUCCCCCUUCCCUCCCUUCCCUCCAUACCAGGAGCGCCCCAGCCAUCGAGCGCCCCAGCCAUCGCACUGCGCUCAUGGUGGGAUGGUGGGCUCGAUCCAUGGCCUAUCGGGCACUCCUCUCCCUCAAGCUGCCCGCCUGCCAUGUGGACAUGCUGUGGGUUGACUUCCCCAGGGGCGAGUUCCUGAUGAACCGAGUCAACGGAGUCAAGGCCAGUCUCUUCCUGCCAUGCCACCCGCUGAGAGGAGUGCUGCAGGUGGAAGGGCGGACAGCAGACACGGCCACUGUGGGGUUUGCUUAUCAGCACCCCUUGGGAACGCGUGUGACGCCCUCAUAUUCUCUCGCCGAUCGGGGACUGUCAGUGGAGGUGCUUCAGCCAAUCACAGUGCGCCAGCUGGGACCCGCUGUCAAGCCAGAAGCUCAAAUACGGUUCAAAACCACAAUGUCAGGCACGAGGCAAGGGUGGGAGAUGGAGACCACACGGUUUCUGGGAACAAACGAGAUAGUGGGGGGAGCAGCAGAGGCGUCUCAAGGCGGGCUGGCAGUCAGUGUGGGGUACAAGGCGGGGGUGGCACCUGUUGCCUUCUUUACUCUCUUCGGAGGGGGUCGCAGGAGGCGGAAAACAGCAGUGACAGGCAAGGGAGCUGGUUACCAGCUGAGGCUGGAAUUUCCGCCGUCCAAUCUCAGACGAGCAGUCAUCUCAUGGGAUGCCACCCAUGGAAUAGAUUUCUAG